AUGGAGAACUCAUAGUAGGAGGACCUGGCAGUUUUUACUGGCAAGGACAGGUUAUCACCAGCAGCAUUGCAGAAAUUAUCACAGAUUAUUCAUUCAAGAAUAUUCUAAGCAAACUCUUACAGGAAAAGCAAACUGGAGUGGCCCCAUCUAUAUAUGAUGAUAACUAUUUGGGUUACUCAGUGGCUGCUGGUGAAUUUACUGGAGAUCUGCAUGAAGAGCUGGUAGCUGGAGUUCCAAGAGGUGCACAGAACUUCGGCUAUGUUACAAUCAUAAAUUCCACAGAUCUGACCUUUAUUCAGAAUUUCACAGGCGAGCAGAUGGCAUCUUACUUUGGAUAUACAGUUGCAGUCUCAGACAUUAACAAUGAUGGUAUGGAUGACAUCCUGGUUGGUGCUCCUCUCUUUAUGGAACGUGAAUUUGAGAGCAACCCCAAGGAGGUUGGGCAGGUCUAUCUGUACCUGCAAGAGGCUGCCUUGUACUUCAAAGAAGCACAGACACUGUCUGGCACUGAGGUUUUUGGUCGAUUUGGCAAUUCCAUUGCACCUCUGGGAGAUCUCAAUCAGGAUGGAUAUAAAGAUAUUGCCAUAGGUGCUCCAUUUGCAGGAGAAGACAGAAGGGGGAGAGUAUUCAUCUACAACGGAGCCAGAAACGGGUUAAAUCCGAACCCUUCCCAGAUUCUCAGUGGCCUAUGGGCCUCCCAAUCUAUGCCUGCAGGAUUUGGAUUUACACUGAGAGGAGACUCAGACAUAGACAAGAAUGAUUACCCAG